AGGCCAGUGUUUUCCACUCUGUCAUGGGACAGUUAACUUUUGUCAGUUCUUGCCUUCCCAAGCAGUCUGUAGAGUAGUUGUCUAAGGGAUAUUUGUGAUCGCCUACUGGUGUCAUUGGCAUUAUCAGCGAGUUUUAGAACCUGUGUGAAUCAGUACAAAUAUUUGGAUAGUUUUGUGCUUGAAGAUGGAGUUUCACUGAUUUGUUGAGGGACAGUCUUUUGCAAGCUGUUGGAGACACGGAUGUCUACAACUUCAGAAUCAAAGUAGAGGAACCACGAAAAUGGGAGAUUUUGAGAAAAUAUGGCGUGAGCACUGUGAAGACGAGCAGACUCUCAGUGAGUAUGCCAUGGCCAUGAAGAACCUAGCUGACAACCACUGGGCAAAUAAAUGUGAGGGAGAGGGACGCAUCGAGUGGUGCCGCAGUGUUUGUCAGGAGUACUUCCAGGAUGGAGGGAUGAGGCGAGUGUUGGAGAAGGAUGAGAAGAGUGCAAGGCAUGCCACAGCUGGCAAUAAUACAUCUGAAAACACUCCAUCACAGUCUUCCUCUCCCAGUUACAGCUCAAUUUUCCAGCUUGAAAGGAUACGACUCCUGGAUGUGGGCAGCUGUUUCAAUCCCUUCCUAAAAUUUGACGAGUUUCUUACUGUUGGUAUCGACAUUGUGCCAGCAGUAGAGAGCGUCUUCAAGUGUGACUUUCUCAACCUGCAACUGCAGCAGCCAUUGCAGCUGGCCAGUGACGCACUAGAUACCUUUCUGCGGCAGCUACGCAGCCCCAUUGAAGCUUUACCUGGCCAGCUCUUUCACGUGGUGGUGUUCUCCCUGCUUCUCUCCUAUUUUCCCUCACCCUACCAGCGUUGGCUCUGCUGCAAGAAAGCCCAUGAACUUUUGACCCUGAAUGGCCUUCUCCUCAUCAUCACCCCUGACUCCUCCCAUCAGGGCCGUCAUGCACUAAUGAUGCGUAGCUGGCGAGUUGCAGUUGAGUCGCUGGGCUUCAAGCGCUACAAGUACGUCAAGUACUCCCAUAUGCACCUCAUUGCUUUCCGCAAGGUGUCGUCCACCACCAGCAGUGACCUGGUUAGCCGCAACUACCCGGAGAUGCUCUACAUACCGCAAGACUUUCACAAGUUCGAGGAUGAGGGUUUCACAGAUUCCUAUGAGCCUCCACAUUCCGAAUUUGAGGAUGACCAGUUGGCGUGGAGCUUUGUGGAGUUGCCGGACACGCCAUAUGAUUCGGACUCUGGCGAGAGCCAAAGUAGCACGGCACCCUUCCAUGAGAUGGAAGACCCCAUUUUGCUACACAGCUGAACUGCCUUUCUUAAGGGGAAAGUUACCCAAAAAUGACAAUUCUGUAAUUUACUCAAUGUCACGGAAAACAAAAGGAGAUCAUGGGCAAAAUGUUUGCCUCAGUCUUCACCAUUUACUUUCUUUUAUGGAAAAAAGAUGUAAUGAAAGUGAAUGGUGACUGAGGCCGUCAUUCUGCCUGACAUUUCCUUUUGUGUUCCAAGGAAGGAAGAAGGUCAUAUAGGUUUGGAAAUACAAGAAAAUUAUGACAGAAUUGUCAUUUUUGGAGAAUUAUCCCUUGACGUGCUGCCAAAUGGUUUUGUUGCAAUCACAUACUCCCCAUUUUAAGCAGCAAAAAGUUUGCACAGAGUGAAUGAGGCCAGAUGUUGAAGUGGGUGUUUAUUUUUAAGAGAGUGAUAGACAUCCAUUUCAACACAAACACACUAAUCAACAAUCUUAACAAAGAAAUAACGGUUUUGCAAUAGAAGCGAUAUGGUCUUGUAUCAGAAGCAGCUGUGUGAUCUCAGGUUGAAAAUUUUGCUCAUCCAUUUUGGCUGUUUAUUUCUAUCAUCAUGACUAAAAUGGACAAGAUUUCUAGCAUAAGUUAAACUUUAGUCUAAUUAGUCAUUGUCAGUGUCAAAAAAAUGCAAUCUUUUGCCUGCAGUUUCUAUACAUAUUGAGCACCUUUCAAAUAUAAUUUCUAAAUGGUUAGCACUGGACAUUAUAGAUAGUAACUUUCAAAUUACAACCAAGCUUUUUUGCAAUAUUAGUGAUAUUUUGUAGCAUUUUAAGUGUCUGGUUUGGUAACGUAACAUUGUAACUGUGAAUGUGUGAUUUUCGCUUCAACAUGGUACAAAUCAAAAAGUAGUCAUAGUUUUCGAGAACAAACAAUCUUACAGGUGACCAGGUUGGAUGCAUGAUUUGCCUCAUUGUGGUAACCGGUUUCUAAUUUGUUUUAAAAAAGCUUGAUAGUAAACGAGUGACUGCCUUUUUUCAUUUAAACCUCUAAUAUAACCUGUAGUAGCCAAUUACGUGUCUGUAGUAUGUAGUACGAAACUGGUUCGAUUUCUCUGCAUUUCACCAUAAUGUGACUUUGUUGAAUAGGAUGAUUGUUUACUCUUGACUGUUUUCCUUCAGUCGGUCUAAUUUCUGUAUCGUUUACAGUGUAACUAGAGUGUAUAUCAGUUCCUCAAUACAGUGCAUUAUAUUAGCUUUCAGUUCUGGCUUUUAAGGUACAGAGGUUUUAGAAAGUUCCACCAAAUAUUUCAAAGGAAAUUGAUUUGUGACUGACUGGGGGGUUUACAUGGAAGUACUGUCAAAAAAGUUGUUUAUCACUGUACAUUUUUAGAUGUAUUGGUCUGCAGAAUCUGCAGCUUUUUAAUUCGCUCCAGGUUCUUAAAACACUAUACAAGUGUCCCAAGCACAUAUUUGCACGUGUUCGAUAACACCUUCCAUAGGGUUGGCAAGAUAUCGAUACUUAACAUCAGCAGAAUAGCUGAUUGGAAUAGCAAUACAUUCAUUAUCAUAAAUGGUCAAAAAUUGCCUAUAUAAAACUGUAACAUGGAAGUUUUAAUCACAACUAAUAAUAGGCAUGGUUUUGCAUUGUAUUAAUGUAGUUAUUGAAUGGUAUACCUGAAAUAAAUUACAUGGGAAGAUGCUGUGAUGGUUUUUAACGGAAGGUUCACUCAAAAAUGUAAAUUAAUUCCCUCAUGUUGUUCUAAAGCCUCUUUCUUCUGUGGAACACAAAACAUGUCUGACAGAAUGGCAGCCUCUGUUACUAUUCCACACAAUUAAAGUGAAUGGUGACUGAGGCUGGUCAUUUUGUGUUCCAUGAAAGAAAAUCCUUGGGCUUUGGGACAAUAUGAGGUGAGUAAAUGAUUUUGAAUUUUCAUUUUUGAGAAAACUAUUCCUUUAACUCCUGAAAUAGUAUGCAAGAUGUCCUCGUACACUGGGGUUGUGCUGAAGUAUAUAUGAGGUUUUGGUGUUUUAAAGCACUUUAAAGGUGUCAAGAGUAUCAGCUAAAUUAGAUCACCACUCAAGGUGCCUUCAAACCCAAAUUGUAUUUUUGCAUUUGGAUGAUAAACACUGGAUGCAAGAAGGACGGACUACUGAUUGUCAUUUGAAAGUAACUAAUUUAUCUCCCACAGUAAAUAGUUUCAUACUUUCAGCAAAUUAACCAGCUCUUGGCUAAACUAUGAAAUACUGCCGUAUAGUAAUAACAUUAGCCAUAGUAUUUAAAGACCCUCUUUAGUCUGUUCUCGAUUUAUAUAUUUGUGGAAUUAAAUGUUUUAAAACCACACAAAAAAGUAGACUCAUACAAAAAACUUUGUAUUAUACUGUACUUGGUGGUGUGUCCAAACCUUCACAUAUCAAAUCUCUUUGUCUUCCGCAGGUUCUAAUCCGCUGUUUGCAUGAUUGUUUUUCUCUUUCAAUGUUAAGAUGUUUGACUCCCACAGGACUGGGCUAUUUGUGAGAAUUAUUGUAAUUUCUCUUUUAUAAAUAAAUGUUUUUUUGU